ACGGCCGCAGAUUCGGUCGCUCCUGCUGCUGUGCGAAAGUUGUUGUGGAUGGUGCUUUCUAGAACAUUGUGAUGCUUCUGUUGGUGAGAGUUUUGUUGGUGUCCGCUGUGUUCUUCUACUGUCCCGGCCAGGUUAGCAGCUAUUCAGCAGAGUCGUUGGAGCGUAGAAUCGGACCGGACGUACUGCUGAUGCGAUUGGAUAAGCUACUGGAUGUGUGUAUUGCCAACUAUGAGGAUUUAACGACAGAUUUAUUGCUUGGAGUGGCAAUUGCGAAUGGGCAACUGAAAUCGAUUCUAACUCGCUCAAGCAUAUCCAACCGUCCAUUUAUCGAAACACUGCAGGAAAAAUGUAACUACGUAGAAAGCCGCAUCGACAGCAUCUUCUUCUUUCCAAGCGGAGCAAACGCCAUUGUCAGCAAAGUGUUGAUUAAUUCAAAUUUUUGGGAAAUGACAUACGACGGGGACGAGCGUCCCCUAGAAUAUCUCCGUGAGCAUGUUGGCUAUAGUCAAACAAACCGUCACCGGCGAUCGAAUGACCGACGUACGUUGCGGGAUUAUCUGCGCGUGCUUGACUCCGGCGCACCGAGCGAGCUGCAAUCAGACCAAUGCCUAUCGGAGCUUCUGGUGAAUGAUUCGGAAAAUGAGUUCAACUUGACCUUAUCUCCGUCGGGCAAGAGGCACGCGAACCAUGCGAAAGCACUUCGUGUGAGCCACGCGUGCACUGCAGCAAUGUCUGUAAGAGUAAAAUCCUACGGCUAUCGCUUGACUCACAAACUUCUCUUUUACAUCAUUUUGGGACGGCAACAAUUCUCCAAUGUAGAGCCAGAUUUUGUGAGCUCUAUCAAGAACAGACUCUGUGCUCAAAUAUUACGUGAAGCACAGUUAAUCGCAGGACUAGGGUAUCCGGAAAUUCUCCGAGACCUAUUUAUGGAGCAGGUAUUUCUAUGUGCUUAUGCGGGGAAUGGCGAGUUCAGGAAUCAAACAUGGAUAAGCGAAAUCGUUGGAUGGCAAAAUACGAACGGCUGCUUCAAGUAUUACAACGACUUUGACGAAUCGGAAUCGAACCAGCUGGUUAAAGUGUGCUCUACUCAUAUGACCGGUUUAGGAGCGGCUGUUCUCGGUUUGUUUGCACGGUUGCAAUACUAACCGACGACAUGUACUCAAUAAAUAUAUGCAUUUAAUUAAAAAUGUUGAACACACUCAUUUCACUAUUGCUUCAAUUUCACUACUUCUUAUUUUGGUCACAUCUAUCCAUAUUUUAUUGUCUUGUGAAAAAAAUGAAGAAAUAAUGCUGAACAAAAAUUGUUUACAUAAUGGCAGGGUUAUUACGGAAGACAACAAAAUAAAAACGCGUCAAAUCCGCGCGAGAUUUUGUCCGGUUGAAAAGCCAAAUAAAUAUUGCCAAAACUUACAA